AGCUGCCACUUCUGCUCCCGCGCGGCCUGCUUCUGCCCCCCAUGGGGAGGGCGGCCGCCGAUGUGCAGCGGCGCGGCGCCCGCGGUCCUGGAGGACGCCGCUGCGCUCGCCAGGUACAGGCACCAGUGGGGCGGCCGGGACGAGGAGGCGGUGCUGAGCCUGCCGCCAGCGGAGAGGUAUGCGUCGCUGGCGGUGCUGAGGGCGGAGCAGCUGACCAUCGACCUGAGGCGCAACGGGAAGUGCGGCCGGUGCAUGCUGCAGGCCCCGCACUGCAUCUGCGGGCGCCUGGGCGAGCUGCGCGCGGCCGCGGCCGCGGGGCUCGCGGGCCGCCUGGUGCACUUCGUGGUGUGGAUGUGCGUCCAGGAGCGCCGGCGCGCGUCCAACACUGGGAAGCUGCUGGAGCACGUGCUACCGGGCAGCGAGGUGUUGGUGCAGGGGCUGCCCGCGGACGCGCGCCGCCUGGAGAGCCUGCUGGCCGCGGCGGGUGAGCGAGCAUUCGUCCUCUUCCCGUCGCCGGAGGCGUCCCCGGCGUCCGAGCUGCGCCCCGCGGCGGCCGCCCACAGUGCCUGCGGCAGCCCCGGAGGGGCGGAGGCACGGCCCUUCCUGGCGGUGCUCGUCGACGGCACCUGGCGCCAGGCACAGCACAUGGUGCACAGGAGCGCCCUCGCCGCCGUACGGCCCGUCGCGCUGUCGCCGCGCGGUCACUCGCAGUUCCACUGGAGGCGGCAGACGCAGGAGGGCCGCAUAAGCACGGUGGAGGCCGCCGCGCUGCUGCUGGAGGAGCUGGGCCUGCCCCCGGGCGGCGCGCCCGCGCUGCUGCGCCGCGCGCUGGCGGAGCUCAACGGGGCGCUGGAGCCCACAGG